AUGUUUUCCCUGCUGUAGCGUUGCGACAGAGACGGAGGCUUGGAACGACAUGACUGAAGAAAAUAAUAAUACGGCAGCAACAGUUACCGACCAAACGGAGCAUAGCAACAUCAUCACCAUCCAGACCACACUCGGGGACGAAGAUGAGGAUAUUCAUAAAUGUGGCAAAUGUCUGGCCGAGUUCUCUGCCCUGGAUGCUUUCAUCCAACAUAAACUCAGCCGCAGCUGCAAGCGUAUUCAGGACCCUCAGACUAAUGUCGUCCCGAAUGAAGGUGUCUCCGUUGAGGUGAGAUCAAGUGAAAAUGAAUGUUCAUCUGAUGAAACGGCAACUGCCAACGGAGAGAAGCAACAUGCAAAGGUGGCAUCUGGAGACAAAAAGAGAAGCCGCUCUACAAGCGAGGAUGAAAGUUCCAGUCCUUCAAAAGUGGUUUGGAAGCUAAACACAGAAGGGCGAUAUGUCUGUGAUAUAUGUGCAAAGACCUUUAAAACGACAAAUAUUCUGAGAACCCACAUGUUCACGCACAGCGAUCAGAAGAACUUUGUGUGUGAAAUGUGCGAAACAGCGUUCAGGACCAAGGGCUCGUUAAUCAGACACAAACGUCGACACACGGACGAGCGUCCGUACCGCUGCAAUCAGUGUGGACUUGCGUUCAGAGAGUCUGGUGCUCUAACUAGGCAUCUGAAGUCUCUCACGCCUUGUACUGAGAAGAUUCGCUACAGUCAGUGUAAAGAAAUACUUGUCAGCAAGGAUGGGAUUCGAAAAGAAGUUCAACCAUCGUCUCCUGAACCUGAGAAGGAUCAGAUUCCUGUUGUGAGAGUGGUGGAAGCUGGUCAGGAGAUCAUCCAGAUCGAGGUGGUAGAAGAAGUGCAACAGGUUGUGUCUCAGCCUCAAACUGCAACUGUGGUUGAAGCGGACAAUCUGAUUUGCCAGGCCAUCAUCAACUCUGGCAUCGCUUUAGAGACCGAAGCCACGGAGGCAGCAGAGCAGGCAGAGGCCCAGUCACCUAAAGCAGUACUGGAGGCCCCUGAGACUGAAACCAGAAUCACUGAGAUCCAGGUGACAGAAGAGUGUGUCGAAACCCUAGCUGAAGAAACGCAGGAUUCAUCGGUGAAGGAAGUAGAACCUGUCCAGUCAAAGUUAUACAAAUGUCCCCACUGUGAGCGAAUGUUCAAGACAUUGAACUACCUGAGGGUCCAUGUCAAAGGGCAUGUUGGUUACAAGCCGUUUAAGUGUUUAACAUGUCAGAAAGAGUUCCUGACAGGCUAUGUGUUGAAGAAACACAUGGAGACACACGUCAGUGAGCGCCGUUACAAAUGUGGAGAGUGCGGCAAGCAGUUUAAAGCCAUCGGACAUGUGCGCGAACACAUGAGAGCGCAUUCAGACGAGAGGCCGUACCACUGCAGCUUCUGUGACAAGAGCUACAAGACCAAGAAUGCUCUUCAAGUCCACCAUCGCACUCAUGCAGAUGAUAAGCCGUACGUGUGUCAACACUGCUCCCGUGGCUUCAGGGAAAAGAGCGCUUUAGUGCGUCACAUCCGACAUCAUACUGGAGAAAAGCCAUUCAAGUGCUCGAAAUGUGGACGGGGCUUCGCUGAGCAUGGAACUCUGAACCGCCAUCUGCGAGCUAAAGGAGGCUGUUUUGCACAGCUGAAGGACUGUGAACAUGUGGUGAACUCUGAGGAGCAGGAAGUGACCACUGAGAGUGUCUCCACAACCAUUGUAUCAGACGACCCUCACGCUGUGCUGGUGGAGUUUUCCUCAGUCGUGGCUGACACUCAGGAGUAUAUCAUCGGGGCUCCAGCUGAGGAAGCAGCUCAAGGAGAAGAAGUGGCAAUAAUUCAAGACAAUCAGCAGCAGAUGGACAGUCACAUCAUGAAAGUAGUGCAGCAGAUCGUCAGCCAAUCACAUGGAGGCCACCAGAUCAUCGUUCGAAACGUCACCGCGGACGAAACUCCAGGCAUCUCAGACUCUGGAGACACAAUCACCAUCGCCACACCAGAGAGCCUGACCGAACAGGUAGCGAUGACACUCGCAAACGCCAUUAGCGAUGGCACUAUCCUUACCACAACAACAGAGGAUACCGAUGAGACAUCCCACACCACUGUUACCAUGGUAACAGCCGAAAACGUUGAAACAAUCGAGCAAGAAGAGCAGUACGUCAUCGCUUCACCUGAAGAAGUGGAAAUCCAAACUGUGGUUGUGGUCUGACAUGCACAUUUUAGUUAUCUUAUAAAUUUUUAUUUGUUGCAUUGCAAGCCUUGGUGUAGCAUUUCCGUUCUCUGGGAGGCCUUGUUUUACAUGUUUUGCACUGCUCAAUACAGUUACACAUCAUUUCAGUAUUAAAAACUUUUUAACAGAAACGCUACUGAAUUAA